AUGCAGGUGUUGGCGGAAGCCGCGAGUCGAGAAGCCGAGUUACAGUCACGGCCAAAUAAAAAUCAGCAGCUGACGCGACGACUAGCGGCUCCGAUGUCACGGAUACACACGCUGAGCAAAGCUCAGGUCGCAGGAGUGAAUCAGCUCGCGGGUAAACAGCCGUUCGCUGGUCAGAAAGUACUCGCACAGCAGACUCAUCUUAACCACAAAAUUCAGCAGAGCCAGACUGCCUCAAUCCAUGGGCUCUUACAGCAGCAGCAGACCUUGAAGCAGGUGCAGUCAAAGGGCUCCAAACAGUCGAAGCAGCAGCAGCAGCAAACCAUGGCCAAUGCUAACGUUCUCAAGAGUAGCAGCCUUCCUAACAUCCCGAACAUGCCCAAGAUCCCGGCUAAUUCUAACCUCGUGCUUGCAACAAAACAGCAGCAGCAACAGCAGGAGCAACAGCAACAGAUGAACGCCACCAGUACCCAGCAGCAAAUACAAAGGAGUCAUACCUACGCUGGCGCGAGGACGCAACAGCAUCAACACAUGCUUUUGAAGGUCGGUCCGCCCAAUAAGGGCCAGCCGCAGAAUCUGCACUCGGCAGGAGGUCCGAAGAGUGCUACAGCCAAGGCUUCGAUUCAGCAGCCUCUACAGCGAAAUCAUCCGAACACCCAGGGCAUAGCGGUAGUGCAACAGCAGACUCCCACGGGACCGCAAAACACUCAGAAGCAGCCGGGCUGCAUAAAAACUCUUGCCCCUCAGAAGCCGGCCCAAAGGAAUCACGCGCCGAAGAAUGUUGGAAUCAAAACGUCCCUUAAUACGAACAUGAGUGCAAUGAAAAUUAUAACCGGGACGCAGGCGACGCAAAUAAAUAUGCCAAUAUCCAAUGCCAUCCAACAGAAAGGCAGUAUUAAGACAAUCCUGCCGCAGCAGUCCUGCAGCAUCUCUGCUGCUGCGGUUACUGGUAACAUAAGCGGUGGAAUACUGCACAAAGUUUCCGCACAGUCAAUUAAGAUCCAGCAAGCGAUCCAACAGAAACAACUCGUGGUAACAACACCAACGACCGUACAUUACGCGCAAACGAUGAGGCCCCAGUCCGGGCAAAUCAAAACCUUGUUACCCAUUGGCGCUGCCGAGGCUCGUAGAGAUACUGAAUUCAAAGCCGAAAUCAAAAGCGAGGUAAAACAGGAGGAUGGAGCCACAACUACGGUAACACCAUCACAGAUUCCACGGUCCCCUCAACGAAGAAUGCCGCUUCCAUACGAGUGCCUCCAGUUUGUUCUCCAAGAUCACAACUAUGGUGCUCCACCCCCGCGGACACCACCGCCACAAUCACCUCCUCCGCAUCCAAAACAACAGCCAGUUAAUGGAGCUGGAAAUUCAUGCAUAACUGCUCAACACUCUUACAUUUUCAAUCAAGCUGUCGGCAACACAACCAUGGAAGAUGAUGCAACCAGUGCCAUAAGUAGUGAAGUUGGUCGAGAAGUGGAGCCCGAAGGCGAGGAAACCGAAACCGCGCCUGAAGGCGAAGGAGAUGACGAGGAUAGUGUCACCCGUUGCAUAUGCGAUUUUGAACACGAUGAUGGUUACAUGAUCUGUUGUGAUCGAUGCUUGGUAUGGCAACACGUGGAUUGCAUGGGUAUCGACCGUGCCAACAUUCCCGAUGAAUAUCUGUGCGAAGUAUGUCGGCCACGUCGGGUGGAUCGAGCUCGAGCGCGCGCCCUGCAAAUGCGCAAACGUGAGGAGUUACUAAACUCGGAUACAUCAUCCGAUAGCUCGUCGACGAGUUCAGCUGAUACAGAUGUCGGCCAAAACACAUCAACGAAAAAUCGAAAAGUUCCACAGCAACAAUCAAUUCCUCGAAGAAAAUCAGAUCCACCACCCCAGGUGCGUCGACUCAACAACAACAACAACAACAAUAAUAAUAAUAAUAAUAAUAACAACAACAACAAUAAUAACAAUGUUGCAAAGAGACAGAGAAGAGAUACGCAUCCACGGCAGACGAAUGCAGUUCGAGGUAAAAAAGAAUCGAGCACGACGACAACUACAACAACGACCACGACUACGACGCAAGCAGCUAAACAACAAAGAGGACCACCCAAAAGAAAAACUAAAAGGCGUACAAGCAUAGAGGAUAAAGAGGAAGAAACACAAGACGCGUGGGGAUCUAACAUGGCACCCUUAAGGCAAUGGAUCGAAAGAUACGAAGAGGCCGUUACAAAUCAUUAUAGUCCUGAGCUAAGAGCGAGAAUAUCUAGCAUCAAAGUCAACGGCACACAUAAUGACCUACGUCAAAGCAAUAUCGGUGCCGCAGCCAUCGGCAAAUGUCGCUUAAACAUACAAAGUAACAACCACAGAUUUCUGGUUGCCACGAUGUAUUUGCCACCGAAUACACCUGUAGUCGAACUACGGGGCAAGUAUAUGUUGAGCACUCAGCACAGGCCGUCGCAUCUCCAAGGUCGACAGCAUACGCAGCGACCCGGACCGUUUGUUUUCUUUUAUCGACUACCACGAGAUGAUACGGAAGUUUGCGUCGACACGCGAACUUAUGGUAACGACGCACGCUUCGUUCGACGAAGCUGCAAGCCUAACGCCGAGGUGAAGCACUGUAUUGAAAAGGGAACGUUACACCUGUAUAUUGUUACAAGUAUGGCCAUCGAAAAAAAUGCAGAGAUAACGAUACGGCAUGACCAACACGAUCUUAUGCUCUCGCCCAAUUCCAAUACCUCAAUUAUGCCGAUCAUGUGCGCCUGCAACAGCUUAAAGGAUUGUCAAUUAACUAGUUUAACAGCGACGCCUACGAAUAGGAGAGGAAGCAAUGGCCCUCUUGUUGAAAACGCUGACGGGCGAGAAAGAAGGCGGCGAGGCAGGAGGAAUACGACGAGUGAAGACAACGAAGUCUUAACGCCGACUCCGACUACGAUAAUAACAACAACUAAUGCAACGACGCCACCUAUAAUUGUGACAUCGGUUCCGGCUCAACCUAGCCCAAAAAAGACGGUAAACAUCAAUACGAGCCUUAAUCUUAUCAAAGAUAGCCCUAGUGCUAGCAGCAGCGUCAGCAACGCCAACAGCGCAAGCAGCAGCACCAGCAGCACACCAACGACCACUCGACAAAUCAUCAAAGAAGAACCAGUCACACCACCGCCAAAUAUUCAACCGUCCCCAGUGAUCAGUCAACCGGCAAUUAAAGUCAUCUCUACAUCGUCGACGAUCCUUUCUGCCGCGCCAUCCCCGGCACCGAGUGCUGAGCCCAAAAAAGAUAAGAAAAAGAUGACGCGCGAGGAGCGAAAAAUGGAAGCCAUCAUGAAAGCAUUUGAGCGUCUUGAAAAAGCCGAGCAACGAAAGCAGGAAGUGCAAGCGCGCAACGCACAGCGCAAGGAGUCUGGAGGACCUCAUAGCGAUAACGAGGACAGCAGUGGUCAUGCACCAACUAAGUCGAAACAAAGUGGUGCCGAUAAGGCACCACGACGAAAAAGACGGAAAGGUAGAACCAGGUCAAGUAGCACGUCGCAAUCUCAAGGUACGCGCCGAACACGACUCAACUCAGCCGAAUCCGAUCUAACAUCCGGUGACGAGAGUAAUUCCAUGCAAUCACCACCCUUGCCGAACCAGAAUUGCUCCUACUCUUUGCGUAUUCAUGCAGCGAAGGAGAUAAGCGACGGAGCUGGUGCGGUCAAUCGCUGUGGCCCUAUCGAGGUACAGCCGGUCAUCCCGACUGCCGCAGGCCUGUUAUUGGCCCUAGCCAACUCGAACGCUCCGGGCUCGAGCUCGCCUCCUCAGCAACAGCCCACACCAAUCAAAAGCCCGACUUGCGACAGCGGCGCGAGCAGCAGCUCCCAGAGUUCGACACCCUCCACGCCUCUGUCUUCGGCCUGCUUACUCGUAGCAGCAGCAGUCGGACCGCUCGCACCCGGUUUUAAAUUUCCCAAAACGAAAAAACUUCUGAUGAACGAAUGGCUCAAAGAGUCACCGGAACCCCAACCGCAAUUGGGGGAAGUGCGCGUCUCCGAGUUCGGUCCGGAGCAAUCCUCGGAGUUCCUCUCUCAGAACUAUGCGACCAAGAGCCUAGCGACCCUCGUUCAGGCCGCACACUCGGUAUCUGGAAUUUGCGAAUCGACACCUCAGCGCGGCAGACAGGUUGUCGCGGCAAUUGCCGCCUCUUCGGCCUCGGGUGGUUCCGCCAAGAAGAGAUGGCUCAGGCAAGCCAUCUCCGAGGAAUGCGACUCGCCCAACAGCAGCAGACCAGAGAGUCCGCCGAGCGAAAUGGUUGCACCGCCGAAGAAGAGGCGUAUCGCCCGGGAGAGCCUAUCCUCGGAUAACUAUACACCGCCCAGUACGCCGACAAUGAUGCAGCAAGACCAUAUGCCCGUACAUCGGCGCUCUAUCAACGAGGACGACUUUGUUGAACAAUUGCAAUCGCCAAGUAUUGAAGAUCUUGGAUCACAAACGGAGUAUGAUUCUGAUCAAGUAAAAGAUGAAAUAAAAUCUAAAUAUUCAAUAAUCGAUGAAACGGAUAGAAAAUGCAAAAUUAGUAGUCCACAUUCUAUCACAUCAAGAUACGUGAAAGAGGAAAAUGAGUCGAUUUUAUCGAUGAAAAUAAAAGAAGAAUCUAAAUCUGAAGAUGAAGACGUUUCUUCGCAUAAUACAAGAAAUUGUAUCAAAUCAGAAAAUGAAAAAAUUAAAGGACAUUAUAAAACGGAAAAUACGCCAUUGAUACGCGUUAAAACUGAGCCUCAUUCUAGUAUAUAUGAAACGCCGAAGGUAGAAAAGAAACUUGUAAAAAUUGAAGAAAUAAUACGAACGGGGACUGUGGAAAUAAUAGAUCAGAAUGAACAAGAUUUAGAAACGGAUGAUUUAAGUUCUCCGAUUGCAGCAAUGGAAUCAGAUGCCGAAUUAAAACAGCGAGUAGCAGAAUUAAGAUUAGAAUUUAGUGGCAAUAUUGCUGGACUCGCGAUUCUUAAUAGUGAUACGGAAAAGUCUUUUCAAAAUCAAAGUGACUUAAUGCACAUUAAAUCCGAAGAUGAUAGAUUUGAUGAUAAUACAUCCAUUGAUGAAUUCGAUGUCGAGGCUCAAAUGAAAAAAAUUACGGGCGAUGAUGGUGAUGAUUAUAAAGAAAAAGUCGAGACUAGUUCGGAAAGAGAUAAAAGUAUGGAUGGAAUCGAGGGACUAAUGGAGAGUUCCAAAGAAGACUCGGAGUCCGAUUCUGAUGAUAGAGACAUCGAUGAUCUUAAACAGACCAAUGAAAGCUUCGAAAAAUCAUGUGAAAUGAUAGAGGAUAUACAAACUGUGGAGGAAAGGGUUUUUAAAGAAUUCGAAUGCAAAAAUAAGUCUUUAUCGAUCGAAGCGGAAUUUGAAGCCAUUAAACAAAAACAAAAAUUAGCAGAAGAAAACAUUAAAGCUCAAAUUGAGCAAGCAAAUUUAACAGAUAAAGAAUCAUUGGAUUCAAUAGAAAAAGAUUUAGAAUAUUCGCAGAAUAUUGUUAUUACUAAAGAAAUUGGUCGAUACCAGGAUGACGAAUCAGCAAAGCAAGAUUAUAAAUCCUCCUCUAUUAUUACACCUGAAGAAUCUAUAAUAGAAUUGGACUCAAUGGAAUUACCUUCCGAAGAUAUUUCACAAGAGCCUACAAAGUUCUUUCCCUCCAUUCCACCACUAAGCGAAAGAAUCCGUAAAAAAGCAGAUUCAAAUCCAACCCCGAAAUCAAGAUUAAAAAUCGAAGCCUCAAUUAUCGAAUCAUCUUUAGAUUUGGAAAUCAUUGAAGACGCUCAAAACGGCGAAGAGAAGAAAAUGUUAUCGACGGCAUUGCGAGAGUUACUAGAAGCGAAAAUCGAGCCUGAAAUUAAAGAAGUUUUAAGUAAAGAAACUUCAGACCCAUGUACAGUGCCGCCACCUGUAGUCAAUAAACAAGUUCGUAAAGAAGUAGUUCCCCCAGUGAAAAAAGAGGGACCUUCGCUUCACGAGCCGAAGAGAUUAAAGGAUCCUAGAACAGUUGUGCCAAAUAAAAUGCCUACUCCAUCGCCAUCGAAAAUUGAGGGACCUCCUCCCGUUAAACGAAAGCUGUCAAUUUCGGAGUACCGUAAGCGCAAGCAACAGUCGACAGGGACGCCACCGGAGCCAGAAAACUCUGAGACAUCGACAGAGGGCAAAGGCCCCGGUCGAGGAAGAUCCGACAGCGCCAGCAGCAGUACAUCUUCGCUUAGCUCGGACGACGAAGGUGUCUCGAAACUUGCGCUGGACAUACCCAGCCUAAACGCCCUGCCAAUGUUCGCCAAUGCGGACAGCGAUGAGAAAAAAGGCGGUGAUGAGGGAACCAUCGGCUGGUCAGCUGCCCCAACACUCGUCGAGCGACAAAGAGAAAAUCUCACCGAGCGCCUCAAGCGCGAAUUUGGACUUUUCUUAAACGAUGACGAGGAAGAGAGAGCUCGCAAACAAGGCCUCAGCAGCGGUGAUUCGAUACUUAAAACGACAACCACAACCGCGGGAGUAGUUACGAGCGCACCAAUAGUAGUUGCUGCCGGUCCCGGUAAUACAGGAGUCAUCAGUUACCCGGUCGCUCAGUUACCGCCUCAGCCGUACAUCCCCCCACCAGGCUCCGCCAUUCACUACCCACAAUUCCCGCAAGUGAAGACGCCUAGAGGAGGCCCAGGUGUCAUCCAAUAUCCGGGCUACCCUCUCCAACUACCAACGACCGUCGCUGUAACUGGCUACCCGAGCGGUCUCAAGCCAACGCCCGCCACCAUCCCCCAACAAUUCGCCGUAACCCAAGCGCCACCAGGCGCAAAUCCCUACCCACCUGGGCCAGUGCCCCUACUCGUCGCAGCGCCGCCACCACCGCCGCCACCACCUCCAGUGCCGCCCCCUGUACCACCGCCCACUACGCCCAGCAUUUCCAUAGCACGCUUCUCGCCAGCGGCGACCCAGCCCACAGUGCCGCCCGUCGUCGUCUACCCGCUCCCACCUCCACAACCACACAAAAGCUUCUACAAUCAUCCUGCGCCGAGGUCCUAACUGCUCGACCAUUACUUCGACCUUUUAAUGCGAAACGAUGACAAACUUCUCGCUCUCAUCUUUUUUUCUCAUUCCACUGACUCGUGCAAACUACACGCAGACGCAGACCCAAUCUCUUAAACUGUAGUGUUACACUUGUGAUGGUUUUUAACGACAGAUUCACCCAAUUAAAAAGCCGAACUUAACCGAACGCAAAGUGUACGUGCGCCAUUGCGUAAGCCGCGUGCCUGUCUAAAACUUGUAUAUAAGCGACUUUUGCGUAAUCGGAUUAUAUUGUACGGUAAAAAAAGUAACAUAUUUCUUUUUAACCAAGCACUAAUUGUAGAUCAUCACACUUAGAUUUGUUCAAUAUUGUAGGAUAAGCGAGGGACCGUACUGUGCAAGCUUGUUCCUUCUUUAUAUUUACAUUUUUGUUUUUAACGAUCAUCGUAACCGAAUUUUUCAGACUUUUUUAUAUUUUACUGUAAAAAGUAAACGUUAGUAAUACCAAUAAGCGAUAAGACGUGUAUGUUGAAAUUACAUUUCUCAACGUAGUGUCAGUGCAACUUUAAAAUGUACACUGAGGCGCAAUCGUUAUGAAGUUACUCGAAUUACCAACUGUUUAAAUGGUUAAAAUUAUAAACCACGCGUGGGUAUAUAAAUAAACAGUGUUGUAAUCAAUAAUUUAUACUCGAAAAUAUGCGAGCAAAUUGGUGCUUUUAACAAAAUAUGUCUGAAUUAAUCAUUUUUGUACUUGUUACUUUUAGUUGCCUUUCUAUUAUCUGUCACAGCGUUUAAGAAUUACAAUUUGCUCGAUACGAAUAUUGAGGUAAUAUUGUUGUUCUGUUUAUUUUUUUUUUUUUUUUUUUUUUUUUU